AAACGACACCAUGAAUAUCCUCUCCUUCUGACUUAAUUUGUCCACUUUAUGUGGACACUGGAUAUUCGACUUUUCUCUUCAAAUUCCCAUUAAACCCCCCAAAGAGAAAAAAAAAAGCUAUACGUCCGAGGAAACGAAACGAAAGAGCUGUUAGAGUUGAGAGAGUAUGGGGCACGGGAGCUCAAAGGAGGACGGCUCUUCUUCUUCUUCGGAUGAGGAUGCUAAACCCUCGCGCAUCUCUCGGGUGAAGCAGAGAUUGCGUCGUCACCGCCUUCGUCGCCGUCGUGGAAGCGAUUCUUCUCAUAAAAAACUCUUUGCCGCCGAGGAUUUCGCUGGCAUUGCUCACCUUACUCUCAUUAACGCGGAGAUGAAGUUUAAGGACAAAUGGCUGGCAUGUGUUUCGUUUGGGGAGCAAACGUUUCGAACAAAUGUUUCUAAUGAAACAGACAAGCCUGUUUGGAACUGUGAGAGGAAACUUCUUUUGGAAAAAACUGGACCUCGUGUUGCCAGAAUCUCAGUAUUUGAGACGAACAGAUUAUCAAAAAAUAACCUCAUAGGGUACUGUGAGAUCAAUCUACUUGACUAUCUGACACAGGAUUCAGAUUCUGACUUUGGUACAUUCGACCUGAUUGAUCCUGGAUCAUCUGACAAGGUUGUUGGUUGUGUCUGUAUUUCCUGUAAUGUUGAGGACCCAAUUGAAACGGAGAAAAAUUUUGCAAGACGAAUCUUAUCAGUUGUGGACUACGAUGAAGAUGGAAGGCUUUCACUCUCUGAGUUUUCUGAGUUAAUUAAUGCUUUUGGCAAUAAUCUGGCUGCUAGCAAGAAAGAGGAGCUCUUCAAAGCCGCUGAUAAAAAUGGGGAUGGUGUUGUGAGCCUGGAUGAGCUGGCUGAACUUCUUGCUCUUCAACAAGAAACAGAGCCGAUAAUGAACUGUUGCCCUGUCUGUGGCGAGGUAGUUGAAGGCGGUGAUCAGCUGAACUCUCUGAUUCAUUUGUCUUUGUGUUUUGACGAAGGAACUGGUAACCAGGUCAUGACAGGAGGCUUCUUGACUGAUAAACAGGCCUCGUAUGGGUGGAUGUUCAAAUUAAGCGAGUGGGCCCAUUUUUCAUCAUAUAGUUUUGGUUUGAACUCUGGGUCAAGUGCGUCACAUAUAUUGGUCUUUGAUCGAAAGACAAAGAGGUUGGUAGAAGAAUUAAUCGAUACAAAGAUUGUUCUGUCAAUGAGAACCAUUUACCAGUCAAAAAUAGGACUUGGCCUUAUGGAUAAAGGUGCAAAGGAAAUCUUGCAAAGCAUCUCGGAGAGGCAAGGAAGACAGAUGAAUACAGUUGAAUCUGCUAAAGAAAUUCCUAAAUUUGUAGAAUUUUUCAAGGACCAAAUCAAUAUGGCUGAAGUCAAGUAUCCUUUGGAGCACUUUAAGACAUUUAAUGAAUUUUUCGUGAGAGAGCUAAAACCUGGAGCAAGAACAAUAGCUUCCAUUGAGCGUCAUGAUGUUGCAGUAUGUGCUGCUGAUUGUCGGUUGAUGUCUUUUAAGUCAGUAGAAGAUAGUCUGCGGUUUUGGGUCAAGGGUCGAAAGUUUUCAAUUCAAGGUCUUCUGGGGAAAGAAGUCUGUUCAAAUGCUUUUAUUGAUGGAAGUUUGGUGAUAUUCAGGUUGGCCCCACAGGACUAUCAUAGGUUUCAUCUUCCAGUUUCUGGCACCAUUGGGAAAUUUGUAAAUAUUCCUGGAUGCUUAUACACAGUUAAUCCCAUUGCUGUCAAUAGCAAAUAUUGUAAUGUUUUCACCGAGAAUAAACGAGUGGUGACCAUUAUUUCUACUGCAGAGUUUGGAAAGGUGGCAUUUGUUGCAAUUGGAGCUACUAUGGUUGGUAGCAUUACUUUUGUGAAGAAGGAAGGUGACUUUGUCAAAAAGGGAGAGGAGCUUGGAUAUUUCUCAUUCGGGGGGAGCACAGUGAUUUGUGUUUUUGAAAAGGGUGCAAUAGAUAUAGAUGAUGACCUCUUAGCUAACAGUGGAAGAUCACUAGAGACGCUAGUCUCUGUUGGAAUGACGCUGGGAGUUUCCAAAAAGAAACCUGGGAGCGAAGGGUUGCCAAACUUGGAAAACUGUGUUUUGAGGAAUUGAGUUUCGCUUGCCUGAUCAGUUGCAAACUAUCUUUACUACUUUCAUAACUCACUCCGGCGACAUUGUUAGUAUCGUCUUAUUAGUGUUUGACAUGAUAAUUUUAAAGUUUUAGUAUAUAUUUAUAGUAAAUAGGAAUUGUUAAUAAAUUACUGGUUUAAUGGUAAUUAACUUGUUUAGGGCUCUGGUACACUUUAA